AAAAUCGUUAAAUAGAGGUCCAUGAGCCUGUUGAUAUUCUAAUUAUAAUGGAUGAUAAAACAAUCAGAGAUUAUUUGGAAUCUGGUAGAGCUCUGAAACAAAAGUUUGAAGAAAUGAAAUUUGGUAAACUAACCAAACGUAUUCAGUUGGAAGAAAGGUUUAAACCAAUUACAGAAUCAUUGCAAACUUUGAAUGAAAAUAUGACAAAGUCUAUACAAGUGCAGGGAGACAAAGGUAUUCCUUUCAUUUUGAAUGACUUAUUAAAACCAGGUAAAAAUAUUGAUAAACACUUUGGUGUAAGAAUUGAAAAUAGAGGUUUAUUUGUUGGUAAUUCCCAAUUAACAAUCACACCUGAUAACAAUAUUCUUUUGGAAUCAGAUCAAAGCUUGUAUAAAGGUACUACUGGUCUUUGGGAAUUACUCACUGCUGAAAAUCCUCAACAUUAUGAUGCUAGAGAUUUGAGCAAUUAUGAACAAAUUGUGUUACGUUCUUAUGCUUAUAGGCGUAAAAAUGAUAGACAUAGCCCAUACUAUAAAGCUACAAAUACUAACAAGUAUAGAACCUUAAUCAGGCCAAUGCUAGUAAAGUACCACAUUAUUAAACAACAACAACAACAACAACCUCUGUCUGUAAUAAAAGAAACUGAAACUGACGAUGAAGAUGAUGAAUUCUAUGAUACCUCAUUUUAUGAGGAUGAAGAUCUUAAAAAAGGUUCUGGAUUGCAUAAAUUUAAUACAGGGCAACCUGUGGAGUAUGUUCAUUGGAAUACUGUUGAUGAAUUAGUUGAAAGACUGUGUCAUUUGUGGGGUGAAAUACAAUCUGGCAACACAAAUCCUAUUUUACUCAAUGAAAUAGUCAACAUUAUUCAGGAAUUCAAAGAACUUUGAAAAACGUUAUAUAGACUUAUGAGCAGAAGAAAAUUCAUUAUUUUAAAAUGGAUUAUCGUUAUCAAAGAUAUCUAAGAUGCAUGGAGGUAAUGCCUGAGCCCGUAGGUACUUCUAGUCCUAUUUAUGGCAGAGGUAUUAUCAAUUCUAUGAUUAAUAAUUUACCAUUUGAAAUGCAUAUGCCUGGCUACAAUUAUUUAGGUCCUGGUACCAAGCUUGAAAAGAGAUUGAAUGCAGGCAGCCAACCAACAAAUAAACUUGAUGAAUUAGCUAUGAAUCACGAUAUAGCGUAUUCAAAGUCUAAAAAUUUGGAUGAUCGUCAUGCUGCUGAUUAUGAUUUACAAGAAGGAGCUUGGAAACGUGUGUUGGCAGAUGAUGCAGGGUUGGGAGAAAAAGCAGUAGCAUGGUUAACAACUAAUGCCAUGAAAGCUAAAAGAGCUUUAGGUGCUGGCUUGCUAACAAAGUACCCUGUAUCUCUGGAACCAGCAGAGCAAGAAAAACUUGCAGCAGCUGUACAGGCACAGAAAGGUGUUUCCUUAAAAGUUAGUACUAUACGUACCAAAGAAUCUGUGAUGAGUGAGUCCUACUUACCACUAACAAAAAGUCAGAUUGCAAAUCUUAAAAAAGGUGGCAGUGGUAAGAAAACCAUUAGAUUAUCAGCUGCUCAGGUUGAAAAGGUCAAGUCUGGAGGUUACCUUAAAACAAUGCUUCAGUAUGGUCCUGCAGCCAUAGGUGCUGUUUCUGCUCUUGUUGAUCUUUUCAAAAGUAAGGAAAAAGAUGGCAAAGGUGUUUACAUCAACAAGAAACCUAGAGGUUCAGGAGUUUACAUUAAUAAAAAACUAAAAAGUGGUGAAGGUGUUUACAUUAAUAAGAAACCUAAAGGUUCAGGUGUUUACAUCAAUAAAAAACCAAAAAGUGGUGAAGGUGUUUACAUUAACAAGAAACCUAAAGGUAAUGGUCUUUUGGAUGAACUUCUAAAAAAAAAAAAGCUACUCCAUUGAAUAAUUUGGAAUUGACAGAGUAUGCCAUUCAAUUAAAAAUACCUUUCUUUAGAGGUGUAUUCAUGCGUGAUAAGUUACCAACAAAAAUUUUAAAUAAUGAAUCUGCUAUUGUGAAUUUAGAUUCAAGCUCUGGUCCAGGUACUCAUUGGGUUGCAUAUGUGAAACGUGGUCAAAAUGUAGAAUAUUAUGACUCUUUUGGUGUUGCCCCACCAGCUGAACUACUUGUUUACUUUGGAAAGAAAGCCAAGGUAAUUUAUAAUUAUGAGCAAGAUCAAAAAUUAAGUCAAGUCAUUUGUGGUCAUUUGUGUUUGAAGUUUCUACAUAAAUACAUAUGAUUUCAAAACUUUGAUAUUUGAAAAAUGGAUUUAGCUCUUGAAUUGCACAAACCUGUGAUUAAAAAAUUUAAAACGCGCCAAAUCAUCACCAAAGGUAUUGAUCACAUUUGGCAAGCUGAUUUAUUAAUCAUGACACAGUAUAAAAAAGAAAAUGAUGGCUACACCAAUAUUCUGAAUGUUAUAGACUGUUUUAGCAAAUAUGCUUGGUGUAUACCUCUGAAAUCAAAGUCUGCCAAAGAUGUUACUGAAGCAUUUCGAAAAAUACUCAAGGCCAAAAGACCUAAUCGAAAACCUAAAUUGCUGCAUAUUGAUCGUGGUAAAGAAUUUGUAAAUUCUACUUUCAAAAAAUUGUUGAAGGAAUAUAACAUUACCAUGUACCAUACAUUCACUGAGAUCAAAGCAGCCAUGGUAGAAAGAUUUAACAGAACAUUAAAUGAGAAAAUGAAGCUACAUUUCGAAGUUAACCAAAAUCAUCAUUGGAUAAAAAUUCUACCAAAGCUUGUUAACGAAUAUAAUAAACACGACAUACAUAGAUCUAUAGGUAUGACUCCUGCUUCUGUUACAACAAAAAUAGAACCAGUAGUUUAUCAACGUUUGUACGGGUUAAAAAAAUUUAAAUUACCAAAACCUACACUUAAAAUAGGCGAUCGUGUUCGAAUAAUUGCUUACAGAUAUACAUUUGCAAAUAAGUACUCGAGAAGAUGGACAAAAGAAAUUUUUAUAAUUGAUAAGGUACACUAUACAGUACCCAUAACAUAUACCAUAACAGCUUUGGAUGGUGAAAUAAUCAGUGGAAAGUUUUACACUCAAGAGUUACAAAAAACAAAAUUUUAACUAUAAAUAGAGGUAUGGAUGCUGCUACUGCUCAUUAUUAAAAUGGGUUCGGUACAGAUACCUUCUGUUCUACGUGCUGCUGUAUUAGGAUCUGUUGAUAGAGAGAUUCAGGAAAAUGUGCUGCAAAAAAUAUUGAGAUUCAAAAAAUACUAUGGCCAGAUCUUCAUAUGUUCUACAAAACCAAAUAUUUUCAAUUUGGACCAAAAUGUGUUGACUUUCACCGAUAUAGGAGACUUACCAAAACCACUGCCACCAAAUUCAGUGGUAAUUCUGGAAAAUAUAGCUGCUUGUAAAUCUCUUAAGCGUCUCAUUAAACAACAGAAUGUUUCCUGCAUUUACUUGUGCAAAACGUACAGAGAAUUACCUUCAGAUCUAAGUUGGCCUCUCAAUUAUGCAGUUCUAUUCCAACAGUCUGAAACUGAUAUUGCACAGUUUCAUUCUGAACAAAUUUUUGGUAUGUCCUCUGCUUUAUUUGCAGAUCUGUGUGAAUUUGUUUGGGAUUCCCCUUCUUCAGAAAAAGAUUAUCUGGUAGUUGAUAUUUCCAAGUGGAUAUAUAUGAAAAAUUUCAGGUUUUCGGUUAGGCUUCCUGCGCAUGCGCAAAUCAUACCAAAAAAAGUAUAAAUACAACCACACUAACAGUUGGUCGUCAUUACAUCUCUAGCAACCAUGGCGAACACAUCUCGUUUUCGUGCUAUCAUCAUGGCUAUUGUAGAAUUAUUCUUGUUAUGCGUACGACUCUUCAGACGUUCUCAUAAUAUAGAUAUUCAAGAGCUGCAUCCGUUCGAUUGGGAAGCUGGUGGUGAUUAUUGUUGUCUGAAGCAUUGUUUCAAUACUGCUAUGAUUACUACUGUUGUUGAUGGUCUAGCUUGUCGGGUGUGUGGUUCUUUUUGCAUCUGCUACUGCAAAUGUGUAACCUAUAUGGAGUGGCUUCAUCGAAAGAAAUUACAACAACGUCUCAUUGAAGAAGAACUGAAGAGAAGACGUAAACACCCUGAAUGCCCAAACUGCAAAUGCUAUCCCAAACAUCUAUAAAAGACACUACACUGGCUAUUGUCCUUAAUUCCAAUAUUCGAUUUCGAUUUUGAUUCUGAAGCUGAAGAUUAGCACUGUGUACCAAGUUAUCCCCACCACAACAAAAAAAAAACCUUUUCAGGGCUAUAAAUACAAGUACAAUAACAUCUGAAGCUCAUUUAUGAUCAUGGCUUUUGUACCGACAACACGUUGCAGUUCCUGCAUGCCUCUGUAUCAACCAAGUUCGUUACUACUUUUGUGUGGUAAUAAAAUUAUUGAUUGUAUCGAGUCAGUAGAGGAUAUCAAUUCUUUACAUCUACCAAAUACAUUAAAAAGUCAACUGGAAGAGUUGGUUCCAGAAGUAAGUUCAGAAUCAGACUGUCUGGGGUGUGGUAGCAGCUCGGAAGACAGUGAUGAUGGUGGUUGUUGUGGCGGUGGGGGUGGUAUUGGUGGGGGUUAUUUUGCAUGCAAUCUUUGUUAUGCAGACAAACGUUCAGAUUGUGACUGUUCAGUUUGCCCUCGUUGUCGUAGGAAAACACCAGAGUAUAAGGUAGCCUGUGAAAACGGAUACUGUAACAGGUGUGAUUGCAAAUGCUGUAAAUUUUGCAAGUGGUGUAAGCGAAAAUUCUGCACAAUUUCCUAUACUUGUGCUAGCGAUUACUGUGUCUUAUGCCACUACUGUCUCCCCCACCCUUGCAAAUACCCAAAGGCCUAGUCAUAAAUACGAGUGUUUAGUCACUUACAAGUCAUUCUUAAUUAGUAUGCCGAACUUAGUAGACCUAGCUUCAAUGACUUCACUAGUGCAAAUUGAUUGUGCAGCUAGUCCUGUUAAAAUAACCUACCAUCCAAUGGCUCUUCAACUGCAAGCUGCAGAUAAAAUAAUCGACAACAUCAACUCACCAUUGAAAAUAUUACAACUACCACUGCCCAAUAUUAUAAUUGAGCACUUGGUAGAAUUAUACAUCAAGUACCACGAUGCAGGCUACUUCAGUAUGGAUGAAGAAGACUACGAUUCCGAUUAGUUCCGCAAAUUACCCCCACCACUUUCAGAAAUGUAUAAAUAGAGCUACACCAACAUCUCCGAGUCAUUAUACAUCUGACACUCAUACACGAUGGACGUCUCUAUCAAAAACUUUAAUGAUGUCAACGAGAAGAAGCCCUUUGAAAAAUUUACCAACUUUACCAUUGGUACUACUUUCAACGUUAAAACGUUUUUCAAAUGCAAAACUGUCUACGGACAAUCGGUUGUUGUCGAGACAGAUGAAUAUCUGUUUCACUUACCUUCUCGGUAUACUCACCUAUUCGAUACAGAUGAGAAGUUGCAGGCUUGGAAAGAAGAAAAAAAUCUCCGCAUCACUUACACCGAUCUGCGCGGAAAAUCAGUAUUCUUAACGCUACACCAAUCUUCUUAAGUUUAUAAGUUUGUUAAUUUUUAUAAUUGUAAAAAUAAAAAAAUGUAAAAAAAAAAUAUAAAAAUGAAAAAUGUAAAAAAAAUAUAAAAAAUAAAAAAUGUAAAAAAAAUAUAAAAAAUAAAAAUGCAAAAAAAAAAUUUGAAAAAAAAAAAAAAAAAAAAAAGUA